GAAUGACACAACCCAAAAAUCAAUCCAAAUACAAAAAAUAAAACAACGAAACUUUCGUCGCUGUUUCUCUCUAACACUACGAAUUCCCAUCGUCUUUGACUCUUCUUUUUCAAUUUUCCCUUCAAUUUUACGGCUUAAUUUCCUUGUAAAUCCUAACCAAUCUGUAUAAAUUUGUAAAUACACUUCCUUCAAUUUUUCAAUUUAGUUGCUUAUAAAACUCAAAUUAGGUUCCUUAACCAUUUUCUAACCCAAUUAGAUCCGUUAACGAAUUCGUUUCUUAAAAUUAAUUUCUGGGUCUUUCUUAAAUUUGAUUGAAUUGAAUUGGGUUUUCUCGGUCUGCUUCAAAAAAUAAAAAAAAAUCUGAUUAUUCAUGGCGGUUUCGACCAUAGCUUUGUAUGCAAGUCCACCCAGUAGUGUGUGUUCUGCACCACACCCAUGUCAAAUCAAUGGCUCCUAUGAUUUUGAUUUGAAUUCAAGAUCUUCAUCCACAGCUUCUUCUAGUGGACCCUCUUCACAAAAACCGGUAAUUGGCGGUUUAUCCUGUUUAUUUUCAUCUUCAACGGUUAAACACGGCUCGUUUUCCGGUGAUAGGGAGGAAUUAGGGUCGUUAUGGCUUGAUAGAGGGGAGGAUUUGAAGGAAUUGAGCAGUUCGUUUCGGUUUUCGCCGAGUAAUAAGUAUCUUAAUGGGGGUUCUUCUGUUAAGAGAGAUCAGAGUCCAAUCUCUGUGUUACAGGGUCCGGUUUCGUGUUCUACGAGUCCUCCGAUGAGGAUUAAUCGAGAAAAGAGCUGCGAAUUGGGGUUUCAAAGCUCGUUUCGCGGUGGGGCUAAUGGAUUGCUGAAUGGAUUUGUGAGACAUGGUCUUGGAUCAUGCGUUGAUUAUGAGGUUGAGAGUGGUGUGGAGGAGUUGACAUUCAAUAUGGAGGAUAGCUUUGUGGAGGCUAUUAAUGAGCCUUAUGCUAAAGAAUUGUUGUUGGAUGCACAAUUGAAGCAUAAAAUCUUUUAUGAAGAUUUUGUUAUUAAAGCUUUUUAUGAGGCUGAGAAAGCGCAUAGAGGACAGAUGCGGGCGAGUGGAGAUCCUUAUUUACAGCAUUGUGUGGAGACUGCGGUUUUGCUUGCGAUGAUUGGUGCUAACUCUACUGUGGUUGCUGCAGGGCUUUUACAUGACACUAUUGACGAUUCUUUUUUGAGUUAUGACUAUAUUUUUAGAACAUUUGGAGCUGGGGUUGCUGAUCUAGUGGAAGGGGUCUCCAAGCUUAGCCACUUGAGUAAGCUUGCACGUGAGAAUAAUACAGCAGACAAGACUGUUGAAGCAGAUCGCUUGCAUACUAUGUUCCUUGCUAUGGCAGAUGCGAGGGCUGUCCUCAUAAAAUUAGCUGAUCGAUUGCACAACAUGAAGACAUUGGAUGCAUUGCCUUUUGCCAAGCAACAAAGAUUUGCUAAGGAGACUCUGGAAAUAUUUGCACCAUUGGCUAAUCGGUUGGGAAUCCAUAGCUGGAAAGAGCAACUAGAGAAUUUGUGCUUUAAGCAUCUCAACCCAGAUCAGCACAGAGAUCUAUCCUCUAGACUUGUGGAGACUUCUGACGAGGCACCAAUUAGUUCUGCCACAGAAAAAUUAGAGCAAGCUCUCAAGGAUGAUACCAUAUCUUACCAUGUUCUCUCUGGGAGGCAUAAAAGCUUGUAUAGCAUAUACUGCAAAAUGUUGAAGAAGAAGCUGAACAUGGAGGAGAUUCACGAUAUUCAUGGGUUACGUCUGAUUGUUGAAAAUGAGGAAGACUGUUAUAGGGCAUUAAGAGUUGUUCAUCAGUUGUGGGAGGAAGUUCCCGGAAAAUUCAAGGACUACAUAAGUCGUCCCAAGUUCAAUGGGUAUCAAUCCCUCCACACGGUAGUAAAGGCUGAAGGCAUGGUUCCAAUUGAAGUUCAAAUUCGCACAAAGGAGAUGCAUUUGCAGGCAGAAUGUGGAUUUGCAGCUCAUUGGAGAUACAAGGAAGAUGAUUGCAAGCACUCUUCUUAUGUGCUUCAGAUGGUUGAGUGGGCACGAUGGGUUGUCACCUGGCAGUGCGAGACAAUGAGCAAAUAUCGAUCGUCUGUUGGCCAUGAUGUUUCCGUAAAGCAUCCUUGUUCAUUCCCUACACAUUCUGAUGGUUGCCCAUACUCUUACAAGCCUCACUGUGGUCAGGAUGGACCUGUCUUCGUCAUCAUGAUUGAGAAUGACAAGAUGUCAGUGCAAGAGUUUUGUGCAAACUCAACAGUGAUGGAUCUGCUCGAAAGGGCUGGUCGGGGAAGGUCAAGAUGGUCGUUGUAUGGGUUUCCGGUGAAGGAAGAAUUGAGGCCAAGGUUGAAUCACAAGCCACUGAGUGAUCCUUUAUGCAAGUUAAAAAUGGGGGAUGUGGUGGAGCUAACUCCAGCCAUAUCAGACAAAUCAUUGACGGAGUGCAGAGAGGAGAUUCAGCGCAUGUAUGACCGUGGACUGACUACUGUCUCGAGCACAUCAACAGCAACAACCGGUCGGAGAAGUUGAUGUUUAGUGAUUGUCAUUGUCCCCCAAGUAGUAUAUACCAUAUUUAGUGACAAUUGGUUGUUUUUGUAUAUACAUAUGUUUGUACAGAACAGUUACAUGGUUCUGGUAUGUGAACACAAAUGACUAACUAGAAAAGGCCUAAAAAAAAUCAAUUUUUUAGAAGGUUUCAA